GUCGAACAAGGCUCUCGCGGCUCCUCCGAGAGCGCUCAUUCAACCCUCAGGCCCUCAAAGGCCGAGGCCGAAUCAGGGCGCAGGGCCUGAAAUGGAGAUGUGUAAGCAUUGCAAGCCUUUUCUCCCUCCUUUUGGUUGAUCCAUCGGUCCUUUUCCCCUUCUCGAUCUGCAUCGGUGAGGAUUAUCAACAGUUGGGAAGAAACGGGACUUGAAUUCAUCUGUGGAGCCUAGAAAGGCUUGUUCGGCUUUGUGUGGCGAACACGAAUCGAGAUGAUUGUACCCGGAAACUCCGGCCUUAUCGCGUUCGUUGUUGUGAAACUCUACACUAAAAGCCUCCUUUGCAUUCCCCAGAAUGGGCAGUGAGUGGAAGAAGUGAUGUGAGGCUUUGAGACAGGACUCAAAUCUGGAACGGCUCUUUCUUGAUUGGCUUUGAACUUAGUCUCCGUGGGAUUUCCUGGGAACGGAAGCGAGUCAGGUGCUCGUCAGAAUCUUGGAACUGUCAAGAUUGGAGACCUGAUUUGCCCUUGGUUAGGAAGACAUGAUCAAAGAAACUUGUCCACUCAUCAAAUGAAGCCAUCAACUCAGACCAACCGUGACGAACACUAAUUGUGUGAUGACCUUCCUGAUGGUCCCCAUACACUUUCCUCUGUCUGUGGAACCAAAUCGGAAAACAUAUCCUGAGUUCCAAAUGCCAAGGGAAGAAGCCACCAUCACCACCGCAAAUUAAUGGGUCUGCUCGUCUCUCUGAUGAUUGACUCCCAUUUGUAACUGUACUUUGAAAAGUCAUUCAUUUCUUUUUCUGCGUCGAAACUUUGGGGCUAGAAGAAGCAAAGGCCUUUUAGCAAGUGUUCGUCAGGUUCAAUCUUGGAUUAGCUCACACAGCCUUCGUCUUUUCAAAACAAGAGGGAACAGAAUGGCCUCGGCAAGGUCGGAGUCAGAGGAGAAAAGGAAACUUCUGUUGGAAAUGCGUCUCCUUCACCACCAAGUCUCGGAGCCCUCGAAUCGGAUUUCUUUGGACCGAAGUAGUGCCAGUGGAAGGCCAGGGAUCCUUCGGAAACAUAGAGCGUACACCAUGGACAUGUCCAAAUCGGAUUUGAGUGACCCCAUUGGAGGAGCAAGAGAUCAGGAUGCUAUUGAGGAUGGAAGCGGGAACGCUCAAAACCCAGUGUUGCCACUUUUCGUACAAAUGAACCUCCGGUUCCAGGACAAGGACGAAUCUUGGCGAGAAGCUUCCAGAUGGGUCAAGUUCCAAGAGGACGUGGAAGACGGUGGCAAACGAUGGAGCAAGCCAUACGUUCCUUCUAUCCAACUUUCGGCUUUGAUGGAUCUCAAGAGAUCUCUCGAGGAAGGCUUAGUGGCCUUGGAUGUGGAAGGACGCAACGCUGAUCACAUUAUGGACGAGUUGUACCUGAUUCUGCAAGACGAUGAGGAUCCCGAGCGACGAUCCAUUUUCGAAGGCCACCAACUGGAGGAGCUCAAAAUGAUCCUGAGCCAACGUGUUAAACUCCGAAUGAAGUUGAACUUGAUUGGUAAGAUGUCCAGUUUGUCCACGAGUCGUCCUCAGAGCUUGUCCACCUCCAGUGGGUUGAACCUCAAAAGCGCCUCACCCUCACGACAACCAAGUCGAGAGGGCUUGAAUGCCUCGCCACCAGGAUCUCCCACCACCGGGAUCUCAAGGCAGACGAGCAUGGCUUCACCCAUGAUCCAUCCACGAUCGUACAGUACGUCGGCAGACGACAAGGACAAGGAUAAGGAUAAAGCCAAGAAAAUGCGAUCCCACAACCUUUUCAUCAAGAAAGUGCCCAAGGGAGCCGAGGCCUGCAUCAUUCUGGUGGCAACCGUGCCAUUUGUCACGAAGACCAUCAGUUUCUUCGCCAAAGUGGCCAAUCCCGUGAUUUUGGAGGACUUUUGCGAGAUCUCAAGUCCCACCAGAUUUCUGGGCAUCAUCCUGGGCCCCCCUGGGUCUGAUCAAACCAUCACAGACAUGGGCAAGGCUCUAGGCACUCUAAUGUCUGAUCAGAUUUUCCCAUUGGUCUGCUACCACUCCAAGACUGCCGAACAAGUCAUCACCGGAAUCAAUACCUACACGCAGCAAGUCACGAUCUUGGCUCCGUCAGCUUGGGAUCCCAAGAUUCGUUUGGACCCACCGAAAAAUCUUCCAUCCCUGGAUGACCGACUCAAACAACAGCAGAGUGUGGUCUCCAAUUCAAUCUCCCCGCCGCCUUACACCUCCAUCAAGAAUGGCUCCAGUCAGGUUGGCGGUCAGGACAAUGCCGAUGGUCGCGAUUCCAUGAGCAACGGAAAUGGAACAGGUGGCGGUGGCGAUGGGGGCCACUUCCAGGAUGGCAUCUUGAACAGUCUGGUGGAGGGUCAGAAGUUGACCGACGGAUCGACUGAGAAUCAGGAAUUGAUUCGCACAGGUCGACUCUUUGGAGGUCUGAUCUUGGACAUUAAACGAAAACUUCCGUGGUUCAAGUCAGACUUUACGGAUGCCCUCCAUAUUCAGACCGUGGCAUCGGUGAUCUACAUUUACUUGGCUACCAUCACGAAAGCCAUCACUUUUGGCGGCUUCUUGGGCGACAUCACCGCUGGGCAACAGGGUGUCCUCGAAUCAUUCCUGGCCCAUGCUUUAGCCGGUGGCAUGUUCUGCCUUUUGGGAGGACAGCCUUUGACUGUCUUGGGAUGCACCGGACCGGUUUUGAUCUUUGAAAAAAUUCUGGUGGACUUUUGCAAUGGUCAAGGCGUGGAUUACUUAACUUUUCGAUUAUGGAUUGGGUUGUGGUCGACAUUGUUCUGUUUGGCAAUUGUGGCUUUAGACCUUUCGGCCAUCGUUCGAUAUUUCACGCGCUUCACAGAGGAAAGUUUUGCAGCUCUCAUUGGCAUUAUUUUCAUCGUGGAAUCGCUCAAAAAACUUUACACCAUGUCAAAUUAUUUCAUGGUUAAUAUAGGCUUUGACCCUGAUUUGAUUACGGUAUAUGACGAAUCGUGUCACUGCGAGCCCUCAUUCCAAGGCGUCUUUUCCCAUGAGUUUAUUCUAAACGCCACUGAGACUCACCAACCGGCUAUGCAAUCAUUGGGUGAGCUCCUGAACCAAACGAUGGACAAGGCCACAACUCUAGACUCUAAAAACAUUCCAUGGCAACAACUCACCGUGUCCCAAUGUCAGGCUUUGCAGGGAACUCUGGAAGGUCAUGGAUGUCCGUAUGUUGCUGAUGUAUUCUUCUUUUCCGUGAUUCUCUUCUUCGGCACAUUCACUGUCGCCAUGUUUCUGAAGAAGUUCAAACUGACACCUUACUUUCCCAACAAGGUGCGAUCUCUCCUCAGCGAUUACGCCGUUAUCAUUGCGAUAUUGGUAUUUGUAGGCGUGGAUGUAGCCUUCGACUUGGAAACACCCAAAUUAAUCGUGCCAACUGUAUUUAGACCCACCCGGUCCGAUAUCAGAGGAUGGGUGGUACCUUUUACGCGUGAGGACGAUCCAUGGUACCUUUAUCUGGGUGCCGCUAUCCCAGCCCUCCUACUCACUAUCCUGCUCUUCAUGGACCAGCAAAUUACAUCCGUUAUUGUCAAUCGAUCCGAGCACAAAUUGCGAAAAGGGGCUGGAUAUCAUCUGGAUAUGCUUGUGGUUGGAAUUAUGAUUGGGGUGUGUUCCGUAUUUGGUCUUCCAUGGUGUGUGGCCGCCACCGUUCUUUGUCUGGGCCACGUGGAUUCGCUCAAAAUGGAAACGGAAACGAGUGCUCCGGGGGAAUUACCCCAAUUCUUGGGAGUCAGGGAACAAAGAGUAACUGGAGUGUUGGUUUUUCUGCUGACUGGUCUCUCCGUGAAACUGGCGCCAAUUUUGAAGUUCAUUCCAAUGCCGGUGUUGUAUGGUGUGCUUAUGUACAUGGGAAUUGCCUCUCUCCGAGGAAUGCAGUUCAUCGACCGUCUUGGUCUACUUUUCAUGCCUCCUAAAUAUCAACCGGAUUACAGCUACCUAAGACAUGUGCCACUCAAUAAGGUGCAUUUGUUCACCCUCAUCCAGAUAAUUGGCUUAGUACUUCUUUGGGUUAUCAAGUCGACGCCAGCCUCACUUAUCUUCCCUUUAAUGGUGCUAGCUUUGGUUGGUCUACGGAAGCUCAUGGACUACUUCCCCAGGAUCUUCUCUCAAAAUGACCUCAAAUGGUUAGAUAAUUUGAUGCCAGAUAGCGGAAAAAAGAAGAAGAAGCGUAAUUCUCAAUCAGAGACUGACAACAAUAUGGAUGAUUGCCCGGAUGGAUUGGAAGAGAGGAAAAAUAGUAAUACUUUUGUGGCCAAAAGGACUCAAAAUGGUGAUGCCAAAACCGUUUCAAUUGAUAUGGAUGGGACAAGGGAGCGUCUUUUGAACGGCAAAGAGAGCCAAAUAUAAAGCAGCUAUUUUUGGGUAAAUUUCAUUUUUCCACGCUCGAGAAACUAUAUUCAGUAGACUGUAUUUACAUGUAAACAUAUAUAUUUAUUGUAAAACACACGUACAGUUCAAUAAGCUGCAGUAAUAUAGAUGAAACAUUUGUUUGUAUUCCAAAGUACCGAUUGACAAAAUCCCUGACCAGAUAUCCAUACAAGAGUACGGUCGAUUCAUGCUAUAUUUUGAUCCCCACUACAAUAUGUAAAACAUAUCGAAGAAUGAAAUACAUGUAUUUUAAAACUCUA